AUGAAAGAGUAUCUUAGAUACAAACAAAAAAAGAUCGAUUUUAAAAUUGAUCAAAACAAUUCUAAAAGAAUUGUUUUUGAUUCCUCUGAUGAAGACGAAUUUCCGUCUCUACUAUCAAAAAGUACACCAAAUGAUAAGGAAAAUCAAAUGGAAGUUAUAGAGGAUGUUGUUUUGGAUGAACAACAAGAAAAUAAUGGUGUUUCUGGCAUGGAGCCAUUGAAAAUGAGAAAAGCUUUAAAAAUGAGGAAUGAAAAAGAAAAUAUUCUAAAUGAAUAUUUAACUUCUUUUGAAGAAUGUAGUGAUGAAGAGAGAAUUCAUAACAUAGGUUUUCUCAAAACACCUACUACAUCUUCAAAAACGUUGGUUAAUGAACAUUUGCUGCCAACUUCUGGUGAAUAUUAUGCAUCGUGCCGAAGUCCGAUAAGGAAUGUCAUAGAAAAAUUUUCUAAUAUGACACCAAGAACGAAAUCAACUUCACCAGCUUCAGUUUUUUCAAUGUGGCUUGAAAAAACUUCUAAAGCUUUCAGAUUGCUAUUAGCGUUUGAUUCACCACCGGAAUUUCCUAAAGUUGCUAAGAUUACAAUGGAAAGUAGAUUAUUAGAAGCACUGAUGCCAAAUGCUUCAUCCCCUUCUUCUCAGAAGCCUAAAAAAUACUUAAGAAGGAAGGUUAUUUGUCCCAUAUGUGGACGUCAAACAGCUUCAUUUUAUGCCCAUUGGAGAGAUAGUAAGCACGAAAGUUUGUAUCCUGGUAAACAUCUAUAUUACAACAAACUUGCUUAUGAAAAAAAUCCAAGAACUGACGUUGAUUUGCCACAGGGAACUAGCGAAAAGUCUGUUGAAGAAUGCCUAAAAAAAUUAGACAAUUACGCAUCUAUGCAUAAAAAAAUGCAAGGUAGCUCCAGACCAGAAAAUUUGAAAGAAUUUCUGAAAGCUAAAGGGUUCUAUUCUAAAUCAAAAGAUGUCAUUAUUGAAGAGUUUCAAGAAUACUGGACAUCGAGGUAUUUUAAUGGUCAUUACGAGAAUAAUGAUAAUAAUAACGUUGCUGGAAUACAUGUGAAAAAGAUUCACGAUACAGUUAAAAAUGGAGUGAAAGCUUUAAGGAAGUUAAUUAGAAAUUGCUUACCUUUUUCGUUUAUGGAAAAUAUAAAAAAAUCUUGCAAUUUUCUAUACAAAACGAUUCCUCCAUUUUUAACAACUAUUGCUAAUGUUUUGAGGGAUUCAACUAUUAGAACUUACACAAGACCUCUUCGUGAUUUUCUUAUUUUCGUUGGCGAAAAUAAAAUAAGUAUAACUUGGGAAGAUUUGAAGCUAAGCUAUUUGUUAGAUAAGCUUACAAAAAAGGUAGUUGAACUUGAAAAGAAUCUGGUAAAGCGUAAAACGAUGGAAAAAAACUUUGAAGAUAGGAGAAGAAAGGGGUUUGAAGAAGGGGAUGAUGAUAAUAACAAUCUUUGUAUGGAUUAUUACCGAGAUCUUCAAGCUAAAGUAAUAACCAUUAUUGUAGCGUUAAAUGGUAGGCGUCCAAAAUUUGCUUAUAAAGCAAAAAGAGAAGAAUUACGAUAUUAUAUCGUAGAUGAUAAAGAACGUGCUGAAAAUAUGUGGAUGUAUGUUGAUUUUGCUGAAAAAUCAACAAGUGCGAAUACAUGCCAUAUGAUUGAUCCAAUUUUGGCUGAUUCUUAUAUUCGUCCAUUUUUAAAAUUGAGGAAAAGGAUAAUAAAAAAGUAUUUUGAUGGAAAACUUUCUGAUACCACUGAAAGCGAUAUGGUAUAUGAGAAAAAUAUAGCUAAUUGUAGUGCAGAUUAUUAA